AUGUCGCGCAAAAACAACCGGAAAUUCCACAGAGCGCGCCAUGAGGCGGCUCUCAAAUGGGAGAAGGAAGAACGCAAACGCCGCGAAGAGAAGCUCGAGCGGAAAGCGCAGCUGCAGCAACUCACUCAAGCGCUCAACCAACUAGGGACAACCCCAAAGGAGCAGCCGAAGGAAAAAGAAGAGACUCCAGAAGAGGAUGCUGAAGAAAACCUUUCAGAGGACAUGUCUGACGAAGAGGAGAUGGGACACAAGAAGCGCUCUAAGAAAAGCAAACGCCAGGCCGGCGCAAAGGUGAAGAAGAUUCUCUGCAAAGAUGCCUCGCUGAAACAGAAAGCCUUGGCGAGAAUCAAGGCCCGUGAAAAAAAGGCGAUGCAUUCAGACGACGAGGGAGACAAAAAGGUCAUCGCUGUGGUACGAGGGCACCGACACGGCGUCAAGGAAAUCCACCGUUGCCGAGAUAAGAAGGUUCUGAGACAAAUUCUCAAACGGCAACGCAAGAAUAUUACCGUCUGUAAGAAAUGA